AUGUCCAACAGUCAUUCCGGCACAAUUGGCCGUAAACGCGUCGGCAGCGGCAGCGGCAGUGCAGCCGGCAGCGAAUACUAUUUCGCUGCUGGCGGUGGCAGCGGCCUCGGAGGCAUCGGUGGCGAACAAAUGCGCCGCCAGCGCUCGGCCGAAUGGCACAGCCAUCGACAUGGAUACGGAAGCAGCAGCGAGGAUGAAUAUCAAAAUACGGCCCAAGCAACCGCAUUCGAUACGCAGCUUUUGGCUCAACUGCUGCUGCAGAGUCAGCAAUUGGCAAGUAUGGAGCACUACAAUUCAGACUGCGAGCCGGACUAUUUGCGAAAGCGCAACGUGGAGCGGCGCGAUGAGGACGCCAGUCUGGAGGUGACUUACGCGCAACCACACCAGCGAACCGCAACGGCCCACUCACCACUCAAGCUGACCACAGUGUCGUCGAGCACGGGCGGCCGGUACCAGUCCAAUGCCAAUCUCGGUCUCUUCCCCAACAGCAGCAGUAGUAGCAGCACGCUGACCGCCGCCAACGCCGCUUCCACCAACACGCCGCGCAGUACAAACCCCUUCCUGAGCGCCAAAUACGCUGACGACGGCAGCCUGGGACUGGACGCAACACCAGCCUCCAAUGCCUAUCUGCUGCCCGCCUCGGCCUCAUCCUCGACAGCGGCAUCGAGCAGUCGCAGCCAUCGGGCAGGAAGCAGCGGCAACGGUGGCGCCACACGCAACACACUGAAUCGUCUGAGUGGCAUGACCAGUUCGAGCAGCGGCACAUCGGCCCUGUCCGUCAACCGCAGCGACUCGCUGCGCGACAAGCAGCAGGCGGCGACCUCAAUGGCUGCCCAGCUCCAGCAGCUGCAGAUGCACGAGCUGCACGAGUUGGCCAGCAGCGGAGGUGGUUGCAGUGGCAACAAUGAAAGCGAUCUGGAUGAGUUCGUUGGCUCCGGUGCCGAGUCGGAGCCACCGCCGGAGCCAGCGCCGCCAGAGAUACCGCCACGCACCCAAUCGCUGCUCAUGUCCUUGCGCAAGCAUUCCGACUACAAGCUGAAGUACGAGGAGAAGGGGGACCAAAAACACGAGGAAUUCAUACCAACGAGCCAACUCCAGAAGGAUUACAUUCUCAGCGACAAUUUGCGUUCAGCGGAGCAACAAUUGAAGCCCUUGUCGCCCAGCGAUUCUCAAGGCAUCGGUGGACACCCGAUACAGAUGCCACAAAGUAUGUCAACAGGCAGCAACACAAUCGGCCAUGGUGGCAUCGAUCGUGGCGGCGUUGUCAUGCCCAUGGGCGCUGGAACAAUGCCCGGGGGCGUCGGCGGCGGCAACGGGGGCGUCCCAGUGGGUGGACCACCCAUGGGCGUGGGACCAGGCGGCUCUGGUCCACAUUGUCAGAUAAGCGGCUCACAGCCAUUGGUUAUGCCUGGAUUUCCAUUGCGUAAUUCCCACUCAGCGCAUGCACCGCAUUAUUCGCCAUAUUCACCAUCCAGGUUUCAUAUAGAUAAACGCUGUCAGCACCGAUGUUCCUGGAAAUGCUUGAGUAUCGCCUUAAUAUUCGUAUCCGUCGUCCUAACCGCCAUGUUGGCAUAUUUUGCAGCAGUCAGUUCGAUGAAACCGAACCUGGACAGCACUAAUUGCAUCCUAGUCCAAGACGUCAAGUCACAGCCGCACGAUUUACGCGGUGGGGCGGGCAAGUCGAACGAUAAGGCGCAGUCAGGCGCUACGGUCUACCCCACAGAGGAAUCCAUACAGACCAGCACAUCGGACCAUGGCAACGGCAUUGGGAUUGGUAUCGGGUUGGCGGGCUUGGGGAUGGGCGGAGCGGGCGGUGCCACCGCAACGGGCAUACAACAGCAGCUAUUGCUGCAGCAGCAGCAACCGCAUGCCAUCAACCAACCGCUGACCCCGCAAGACGCCACCAAUACGCAGCUGCAGGACCAACUGACAUACGGAGGGGGUGGUCUCAUCUCAGGCGCUGGCCAGCAGCACAAUUUGUUGCUGCAGCAACAACAGCAUGCAGGCGCCGGCGGUCUGGGCGGCCAUCAUGCCCAGGGUCAGCAGCAGGGCGUGGGCUUGAGCGGCGGUCAAUGGCCACAAGUAGUCGAGCUGAAGGAAUUUAAUGAGCUCUACCAUGCCAACAUACCGGCCUAUCAAUUCUGGACGCUCGAAUUUCGCAACAAACAUCCGGCAUUCAUUCGCUUCAACUUCACUCUGCCCUGGGGCGCUCACUUCGCCGUCUAUUCGCGUCGCAAUGUGGCGCCUUCGGUGACGCAACACGACUUUGUUGAGUUCAUCAAGGGCGGCAGAUUGGACAGCCAUUUGCGACAUCGCCGCAGUGUGAAUGCCACAGUCGCCCACAAGGAUCCCAGCACUCUGAUCGACAUGUACGAUGAGCAGCAGCUACAACGCGGAUCGCACGAGCGUAGACUGGCAAAGCCCUCGGACAACAGCUACGAGGAGAGUGAUGAGCAGCAGCAGGCCUAUUCCGAAUCCGGGGAAUAUUUUGAUGUGGAGACGCCCCUAGAUAGCGCCAAGGUUCAUAUACAACGCAUGGGUGCCGGUCAUCAUGGCUUGCAGAAACGUUCGGCGGCCGAUGGUGGCGGCCUGCCCGCCCUCGACAUGGACACGAUGACGGUGAAUGUUUCGCUUCUGCAGUAUCUGGAUACCGGAUUGUGGUUCAUAUCUGUCUAUAAUGACGAACUAGUCGCUCAUUCCGUGUCGCUGCUGGCCGAGGAGGCCGAGGGCGUGAGCACCACCUGUCCGAACGAUUGCUCUGGCCGUGGCAGCUGUUAUUUGGGUAAAUGCGAUUGCAUCGAUGGCUACCAGGGUGUGGACUGCUCCAAGAGCGUUUGUCCGGUACUGUGCUCGGCUCAUGGCCACUAUGGAGGUGGCGUCUGCCACUGCGAGGACGGCUGGAAGGGCGCAGAGUGCGACAUUCCGGUGGGCGAGUGCGAGGUGCCAAAUUGCUCCAGCCAUGGCCGUUGUAUUGAGGGCGAGUGUCACUGCGAGCGCGGCUGGAAAGGACCGUACUGCGAUCAACACGAUUGCCUUGAUCCAUUAUGCUCGGGCCAUGGCACUUGUGUGGCCGGCCAAUGUUAUUGCAAGGCCGGCUGGCAGGGAGAGGAUUGCGGAACGAUUGAUCAGCAAGUGUAUCAAUGCUUGCCUGGCUGUUCGGAGCACGGCACCUAUGACUUGGAAACGGGACAAUGUGUGUGUGAACGGCACUGGACUGGACCAGAUUGUUCGCAAGCUGUCUGCAGCUUGGACUGUGGCCGCAACGGUGUCUGUGAGUCGGGCAAGUGUCGCUGCAACUCCGGCUGGACUGGUAAUCUAUGCGAUCAACUGCCAUGCGAUGCCCGCUGCUCGGAGCACGGACAGUGCAAGAAUGGCACAUGCGUCUGUUCGCAGGGCUGGAAUGGCAGACACUGCACCCUACCUGGCUGCGAAAAUGGCUGCUCCCGUCAUGGUCAGUGUACACUGGAGAAUGGCGAGUAUCGCUGCGACUGCAUUCAGGGCUGGGCCGGAAGCGAUUGCUCCAUUGCCUUAGAGCUAAAUUGCAAGGAUAAUAUCGAUAACGAUAACGAUGGCAUGACCGAUUGCUCGGACAGCGAGUGCUGCUCGGAUGCAGUCUGUGCGGAGCACAUUAUGUGCCUAUCUUCGAAUGAUCCUGUCGAGGUGCUGCUGCGCAAACAGCCCCCCUCGGUCACCGCUUCCUUCUACCAGCGCGUCAAGUUCCUCAUCGAGGAGAACUCGGUGCAGUCGUAUGCACACAUGGACGAGUACAGUGAAAAUCUCUUCUGGAGCUCGUUCACACCUUGUCGUGUCUCGGUAAUGAGAGGUCAGGUCAUCACGCCCCAAGGUCUUGGAAUUGUCGGCAUACGCGUCUCUGUGGAUCGGGACUCGCGCUUUGGAUUCACGCUAACACGCCAGGGUGGCUGGUUCGAUGUGCUGGUCAAUGGCGGUGGUGCGGUUACCCUGCAGUUCCAACGCUCGCCCUUCCGCCCACUAACCCGGACAGUGUUCGUGCCCUGGAAUCGCAUCGUAGUGCUGCCCCCCGUGCAGAUGCAACUGAGCGAUGACGACGAGACCACCAGUCGCAACAUCAAAAUUGCGCCGCUGAAUCCCGCCCUGACGUUCCUCAACUCGAUCCAUUAUCACACGGCCGACGAGGCGAACGAUGCCAGCAAGGUGUGCAUGGAUCACGAUCACGAGAAACUCAAGCCCCAGUUGAUCAGCACCUGGAUGCCAAAUGGAGUGGGCGCCAUGCCCGGCAAGCGCGUCAUCUUUGCCGAAACACAGAUCGUGCAAGAAUCCAUACAAAUUCCCGGCUCGGAUCUGCAUCUCACCUAUCAGUCAUCGCAAGCCUCCGGCUACUUAAGCAUUGUGCGCAUGCGCCUGACCUCAGAGACCAUUCCGAAGACGCUCACGCAUGUGCAUGUGGGUGUGGAGAUCGAGGGUGCGCUGCAUGUGAAGACCUACGAGGCGGAUCCCAAUCUCAUACACACGUUCGCCUGGAACAAACGCAACGUCUAUCGCCAGAAGGUGUACGGCGUGACUAUCGCUCGGAUUUCUGUGGGCUAUCAGCAUACCACAUGCCAGACCCCGGUCUGGAUCACGCAGACAGCCAAGCUGCAGGGCUACGAUGUGGACAUCUCCGAUAUUGGCGGCUGGGGUCUGGACAUACACCACCACUAUAACUUCCACGAGGGCAUCCUGCAGAAGGGCGACGGCAGCACGCUCCAUAUGAAAGAGUAUCCGCGCACCGUCAAGGUGGUCAUGGGCACGGGUCUGCAACGGCCCCUCAAUUGUCCCGAUUACUGCAACGGUGUGGCGAAGGACGCCAAGUUGCUGACCCCCAUCGCCCUGGCCACCGGCCCCGAUGGCAGUCUCUAUGUGGGCGACUUUAAUCUGGUCCGUCGCAUCACUCCCGAUGGCAAGGUCUUCACCAUUCUGCAGCUCAGCGCUACGCAGGUCUCCUACCAAUACUAUCUAGCCGUUUCACCGGCAGACGGACAUUUGUACAUCUCUGAUCCGGAGCGGCAUCAGAUUUUGCGUCUACUGCGCCUAGAGAAGGUAAAAGAUCCGAGCAUUAACAGCGAGCCUGUUGUGGGCAGCGGCCAGCGUUGCAUACCCGGCGAUGAGGGCAACUGUGGCGAUGGAGGCCCAGCUCUCCAGGCACGUCUCUCCCAUCCCAAAGGUCUGGCCAUAGCUGCGGAUCGAACCAUGUACAUUGCCGAUGGCACAAAUAUACGUGCCGUCGAUCCCAAAGGUGUCAUUCACACGCUGAUCGGCCACCAUGGCCAUCACAAUCACUGGAGUCCGGCGCCCUGCACCGGCACUCUUAUGGCCAACCAGGCGCAGCUUCAGUGGCCCACCGGACUGGCGCUCAGUCCACUCGACGGCUCGCUACACUUUAUCGACGAUCGACUAGUGCUGCGGCUAACCUCGGAUAUGAAGAUUCGAGUCGUGGCAGGCACGCCCCUGCACUGCAACAAUAACGGACAGGACAGCCGCGUGAACAAGACAGCCGCAGACAAUGUGCUCGGCACUGUCCUGGCCAUGGCCUUCUCACCCUUCGGAGACCUCUACAUAGCGGAUAGUGACUCGCGACGCGUAAACUCGAUACGGGUCGUCGAUACGGCCGGCAACAUGCGCUACUUUGCUGGAAAGCAAGAAGGCACAGGCUCUCAAACAUGCGACUGUGCGAUUGGAAAUGGCAGCAACGGCUCCAGCUCCACGGGCAUGGGCAUCGCAAAUGGCGGCGCCUACUCAACGACCGUGAAUCCGACACGCAAUAAUGGCGGCACCACGCCAACGACACCAGCUGGCGGAAACGGAAAUAAUGGCAGUGCAGCCACCAACAGCGGCAUCGGCGGCGGUGGCGGUCCUGGCAGCGGCGCUUGCGUCUGCCCUGGCCUCAAUGGCAACGGCCUCGGCACUGGCACACUGGCCAGCAUCGUAGCUGGCGGCAAUCUCAUGUCAACUGGACCCACAACCACCACCACUGUGCUGCUGGGCGCCAAGACAACAGCUGCGGCCGCGGGUGGUGCUGUAGGCGCCGGCGGUGCGGGUGCCACCCUUAACGAUGACGGCACGCUGAGCAAUGCGGAAACUCUGCUCUCGUCUAAUGCACGGUUCCAGGCGAUUUCGGCAAUAGCAGUUGCCCAGGAUGGUGUCAUUAAUGUGGCCGAUCAAGGUUCUCUGCACGUGCUGGCUCUGGAGCAUUAUCUGCCUUCACACGAUGAGAAUGGCGAAUUCCAUAUACCCUUCCCACCGUCGAGCGAGAUCUAUGUAUUCAACCGGUAUGGACAACACGUGGCCACCAAGGACUUGACCUCGGGCAAGACACGAUACAGCUUCCUCUACUCGAAGAACACCAGCUUUGGGCGGCUGUCGACGGUAACCGAUGCGUCGGGCAACAAGAUUCAAUUCCUGCGCGACUACAGCAACGUGGUGAGUUCUAUUGAGAACACCCAGGACCACAAGUCGGACAUUCAGAUCAACGGCAUUGGCAUCAUGACCAAGCUGAGUGAGAAGGGCAGACAGGAGAUCGAACUGGACUACGAUAGCAACACGGGCUUACUGAAUUCGAGAUCUUCCGGUGGCGAAACGUACAUCUACCAGUACGACGAGUUCGGACGCGUCACUGGCAUGAUCCUGCCGAGCGGCGAAAUCGUGCGCAUCACCUCACAACUGGCGGACAAUAAGGGUCUCACAGUCUAUGUACAUGCGUCCGUGGAAUCGCUAUUCUCUCGUGAACGGGCCGGUGGCAGCGACGCCAAUGAGCUGCUCGUUCUCGGUGGCGUGCGUUCGACGUUCCUGAAACGCGGACGCGCUCACGCCGAUGCUGAGUUGAAAGCAAACAACACUCUGGUCAUACAUGGAGCCAAUGGAGUGGUGGUGGAGGCAUCCGCCGUGGCUCGCCACCCGCUGCUAGAGGCGGCGCUGCCCGUCGAGGCUGAGAUGCUGGCCAUGUGGUCGCACCAAAGCGUUACCAUGGGCGAUGGUCUAACCAAUAGCAUGUACUCUGUCUACAAUCUAGUCGGGGAUGUGCGCAACCCCCAACAGACGCUGAAUCGCGAGAUCUGGGUGAAUCAGUCGCGUGUCAUUGGCGUGGAGUUCGAUCAGUUCACCAACCGUGAGACGUUCUACGAUGCCGUACGCACCCCUAUCCUGAUCGUAGCCUACGAUCAGUCCGGUCUACCCAAAUCCUACUACCCCACUAACGGCUAUCCGGUGAACAUCACCUACGACCGCUUCAAUCGCGUCGAGGGCUGGGCUUGGGGACCUGCUGAGCUCAAAUACUCGUACGACCGCCACGGUCUGCUCUCGGAGAUCACUUCGCAGCAGGACGGCAUUAUUUCAUUUGUGUACAACGACUGGAACUUGGUGUCGGAGAUCGGUCUGGCCAGCCAGCGCAAGUUUGUGCUGCAAUACGACGAGGCAGGAGGUCUACGCCAUGUGCUCCUGCCUUCGGGCACACGCCACAGCUUCAGCAUGCAGACGUCAAUUGGCUUCAUACGUUGCACCUACACCCCACCGGGCAGCACUCGCGCCUACCUUCAACACUAUAGCCACGCCGGCGCUCUUUUGCAGACCAUCUUGCCCGGCGAUGGGGCUCGCAUUGUGUAUCGCUACAAUGCCGCAGGCCAACUUACGGAGGUAGUCCACGGAGACGGUCGCAGCGAGUUCCAGUACAAUGAGGCUACUGGCAUGCCAAGCUAUGUUUCUCAUGCGGAACGCGAGCUCGAAUACCGCUGGGACUUUGAGUAUGCGGCCGGUCUACUGACGGAGGAGCGCAUCGACUAUGUGGCCAAGACGGGUCUGAGCAACGCCAAGUUCAGCUACGAGUAUGACAGUAAGCUGCGCGUGGUGGCCCUCCAGGGACGAAUUGGCGGCCAGAGUCUGCCCACUCAGGCGUAUGCCUACGAUCCGCGCACCGGACAACCCAGUCUCAUUGGACAAUUUAAGUUCACGCGACCAGCGCUCAAUCAAACUCAACUGCACGACGGCACGGCGAGCUUCACGCGCACCGUCGACGGACGCUUCCAAACGCAGCGCAUGGCUCUGGCAAUUCACCGUCUAGAGGUCUUCCGCAUGGAGUUCUCGUACGGGGUGCACGGACGCAUCUCUCAGACGCGCACCUACACCCGCAACAUGGCCGUGAACAGCUACACGAAUGUGAAGAACUACACCUGGGAUUGCGAUGGCCAGCUCGUGGGAGUGGAGGCCCAAGAACCCUGGGGAUUCCGCUACGAUGACAACGGCAAUUUGCUCUCGCUCACCUAUCGGGGCAAUACGAUACCCAUGGAGUACAAUGCCCAGGACCGCAUCGUUAAGUUCGGUGAGGGCCAGUACAAGUACGAUGCUCGCGGGUUGGUCGCACAGAAUGCGCGUGAAGAGCGUUUCCACUACAACACUCAAGGACUACUGGUGCGAGCCUCGAAGCGCGGUCGUUUCGAUGUGCGCUACUACUACGACCAUCUGAAACGGCUGACGACGCGCAAGGACAACUUCGGCAAUGUUACGCAAUUCUUUUACACGAACCAACAGCGCCCAUACGAGGUCUCCCAGAUCUACUCGCCGCGUGAUGGCAAGCUCAUGUCGUUGACAUACGACGAUGUGGGCCACCUGAUAUAUGCGCAAGUCUAUCGGCACAAGUACUACGUGGCCACGGAUCAGAGUGGCACGCCUCUGAUGCUCUUCAAUCAGUAUGGUGAGGGUAUACGCGAGAUCAUGCGCUCUCCCUACGGCCACAUUGUGUACGACUCGAAUCCGUAUCUGUAUUUACCCAUCGAUUUCUGUGGCGGCAUUCUGGAUCAGGUGACCACGUUGGUCCACAUGGGCGAUGGACGAGUCUACGACCCACUGAUUGGCCAGUGGAUGUCGCCAGACUGGCAGCGCGUGGCAGAGCGCAUCAUAACACCCACGCGUCUGCAUCUGUACCGCUUCAAUGGCAACGAUCCCAUUAAUGUGGGCCACGAGCGCCACUAUCCCUCCAGCUUUGCAGAAUGGAUGCGCACCCUGGGCUAUAAUGUCGGCAAUCUGGUUCCGCAGCUGGCCCGCAAUUUGUGGCAACCACCCGCCUUGUGGGGUCGCCCGCCCGCCAACCCCAUUGCGCUGAACAUGCGACGACCUUUCGACAACAUACCCACAAUGGCCGUCGAGAGCGGUUUUCUUGCGCACCUGAAUGUAAGGCGCAUGUCGGACUUCGAACAGCUAUCGGCGCCACCACGAUCUGCUCUAAAAUGCGACGUAAUGGAUCCCUCGCCUCGCAACAUUGGCUCGGACACGGAGCCGCCAUUUGGGAAAGGCAUCGUCGUCUCCCGCACAGCCGAUGGCCAAGCGAUUGUCUCCAGUGUGCCGGCAGCCAAUGCGAUCUAUCGCGACGUCUACACCAGCGUCUUCAACCGCAGCAAGCUGCUGCCCUUCACCUUCGUGGUACACAAUGCACAGCAGGACUCAUUCUUUUUCGUCAAGGAGGAUGCCUGGCGAGCAAGUGAGGAUCGCCAGCAGUUGAAGCGAUUGCAGGGGCAGGUCAACACCACGUUCCAUGAAAUAACACGUGAGUCAACGCCGUCCGGUGGCUCCGCUGCGUCGUCUACAUCGUCCAGCGGUGGUGGCGGCGGUGGAAACUAUCUAGAUGUGAAGAUCCAUGGCGCCCAUGCGAUCAUCAAUCUACGAUAUGGAACAACAGUGGCCAAGGAACAGCAGCGUCUGAUGCAUCACGCCAAAUUGACGGCGGUACGGAAGGCGUGGCAUCGGGAGAAAGAGGCCCUGCGCAGCGGUCUCACCACAACCCUCGAAUGGACGCAGCAAGAGAGCGACGAGAUUCUCAAGCAGAGCUACGCCAACAACUAUGAGGGUGAGUACAUACACGAUGUGGCCCUAUAUCCGGAACUGGCCGAGGAUCCCUACAACAUCAAGUUCGUGAAGAAGAAGGGGGCAACCGGUGGUGCCGCGGGUGUCCCCAAUGCCCGCAGGCGCCGCAGUUCGACGCUCGACUUCACCGAUUCGAAUGAGGGGGCAGCGACGUCUGCGGCCGUUGCCUGUUAGCUCUUAGUCCUUAACUGAACGUAGUACGUAAUGCUCUAAACCUAACUAUAAAUUAAAGUAUCAAACUAUAUGACAGAAUACGAUUAUAGGACUUCGGUCUAGCUGCAAGCUGCGUAACUGUACCAAAAAGCGUCAAGCAACCGAAUAACGGUUAGCGGCCGGCUGUACGCAACUGUACUAAAUAAUUAUAGGAAAGGAAUGUUCGUUUUUUUUUCUCUUGAAACUCAACAGGAUAAUGUGUAUGUGUUUUUUUUUAGUGUUAGUGUUUAGUGGUGGCAAAGCAUACCCAUAUUUAGUGCUACAAAAUGAUGUGCUAUAAAAAUACUUGAUCU